AUGGCGAGCAAUACCAGUUCGCAGCACGAAGAAAUCCUUGAGGCUAUUCUCGCAACACUUCAUCGCCUUGAACAGCGCAUGGAAACCCAAGGCGAUCGUCAAGAACUCCAAGAGGAGGUUGAUGUGAGCCAUUGCAAUGAACAAAACCGUCUUUUUCUCCUCACUGGCAAAACUAAGCAUAGCAACUUCCUCGGCUCAUAUCCCGGGAUGGCCCUGGCAGAAGCGAAUCAUCAAGAAGACCGGCGGCGGUCAAUGUCAUGCUACUCUGAUGUUUCGUUGGGACGGCGAUCGCAAGCAUAUUCGGAACUAAUCGUUCCUCCUGUGCCCCCAAUGAGUCCCCUGAGACUGCAGCGCAUGUUUUCAGUCCGAGAGAUGCCGACGCAGUCAGAUUCAAUCCUCGAGUUCAGGGCCAUACGCUACGAUGACACAGUCACGAUCGACACCGACACCACGAGAGACUUCGCGUUCGAGGGCUGGCCUUCAUCCAGCACCGCCCCAACUUCAGUCAUAUCGACGGCGAUGGCCACCCGCCAAAUAUCCGCGAAGACAACUCCAAGCUAUCACCAGGUCCGCCGAGCUGGAUCAUCUAUCCGUCGAUCACUCUCGAAUAGGUGCGAUGUUGGGUUGGAGAGAUUCAAAGCGCGAUCUGGCCCAAUGAAGCAGGAUGUUGUGCUCGCGAAUAAGCAAUUGGCGCAAUCUUGGAGGAUCUCUGUUCACGAGAAGGGCAAACAUCUGCAGAAAAUAUUGUCGCGGGUGGGUCGAGCCAUGGUGGAACAGCAAUUCAAAAGUCUUGCAUUGGCAGCUUGA